UCCAGACAGAUACUGUUUCAUUUUAUGAUACUAGUCCGUGUGUUUUAAUAUCACUGUUACUUGCCCGUUGGAUAUCAUGAGUAUAACACGCGUAGUAGCAAUCACUGGUUGCGAUAGUGGCUUAGGUUACGCUCUCGCUUCUCGAAUAGCCCGAGAAGGCAUGGUGACAGUGGCCGGUAUGCUGAAUAGUGACAGUGCCGCUGCGAAGUCUUUGGAGAGGAUGAAGGUUCACUCCUGUCCCUUGGAUGUGAGGAGUGGGGACAGUGUGACGGGGUUUAAGGAGUAUGUGAAUGGACUGUUGAAGGAAAACCCGAGUUAUAGCCUAUACGCAGUUGUCAACAACGCAGGCGUGAUGACGAUAGGCGACUUCGAGUGGCAGACUCCUGAUAUGAUAGAAAACGCAAUAAAUGUGAACCUACUUGGUGCUAUGAGAGUGACGUCCGCGUUUCUUCCACAACUGAGGAAAUCAUCACAAAACGGACCGAAACCGCGUAUAAUCAACAUAGCAAGCCACUGCGGGCUACAACCUCUGCCCGGCUUCGCGGCGUACAGCGCUAGCAAGGCGGGCCUGCUGGCGUGGACGCGGGCGCUGCGUGCGGAGCUGCGCGGCCGCGGCUCCGCUGUGGCGUUUGUGCCAGGAGGUUUCGUCGGAUCCAGCAACAUACUGGCAGCUCAAUCAAAAGCCUGUAACGAAAUGCUCCACCAUCUCGAUCCGGAUCAACGGAAACUAUUCGAAAAAAGAAUAACAGCCCUCCGUGACUACCUUCAAAGUGCUGUUCAAAAUGCGAACUACGAUUCUUUAACGGACAUAAAUAUAAUUGAGACUUUUGUUAAAGCGCUGACGGAUGAAAACCCUAAAUUUUUGUACAAAGUUCAAUCGUGGAGAUACGCGUUUUAUUAUAGUUUGUUAAAAAUCCCGGUACCUGAAGCGGCACAUCAUUGGUUGAUGAAAAAGUUCCUGAACUUUCCAGAUGUAAAUUGACUAUGACUAACUGAGUUUUAUUUCGUUAAGUUUUUAUACAUGGCAUUAGCUUUAGGAUUUAGUUUUAGUUUUGUAUAUGAUAAUUCAGAACAUCGAAUCGUAUCUCUUAGAAGACAAAUUGGAAGAAAUUGUUCUAAAUGUGUUCAUCGCUUUAGAGCCCAUUUACCGGUGUGAGAACUCGCACGCAAGUCUUAUACUGUGUUGUGCUGAAUUCUAACCUCGACAGACCGUGAUGUAACUAAAAUCGCAUGCGAGUUCUUGCGCCGCCUAAACCAGCCUCGUAAGUCCUGAUGAACUCGUAUGAGUACAGAAAAGUAGUUUUUGACCUUAAAUAAAUGAAAUAAACUUGCAAAUUCAAAGGCACAAAUAUUUCCUGGGUCUUGCGAGGCUAAAAAAGGUGAUGUGUAAUUUACUUUAUUUGUUGUAGAAAAAACGGAGACGAGAAGGUUUUGCGAAAAUAAGAUCCAUAUUUUAUAAGUACAAACUGGAUCUAUGACAAUAACUACCUAGUAUAUACAUUAGAACGAAAUAAAUAUUUAAUCACGAUAUUCCAUUUUAUUUCU